AUGGACGUCUACGUCGAGCCCGUGGACCCCUCCGCGCGCGUCGCGCCGCUCGUCGAGCGCUUCUUCGACCUGUGCCAGACCAUCGACGGCCUCGACCGCGGGCAGCUCUACCGCAUCUACGUCGUGGCCUCGAACUGCGCCGGCGCCGGCGCGGCCUCGGGCUCGAUCGAGGUGACCACGCUUGGGAACGGCGGCGGGCAGCCAGGCUGCCCCGGGUACCUCGGCGGGUUCUGCUCCGCCUCCGCGGCGUCGGCGGGCUUCUCGUUCCAGGCGAGCUCGAGCUUCGAGUCGUCGUUCGCGGCGUCGUUCAACUUCACGGCCUCCUCGUCGGCCUCCUCCUCGGUGGUCGCCACCGCCGCGGGCGCGAACAGCGCCUUCGGGGGCUUCUACGUCAACCAGUGCGGGUGGCUGUGCGGCGGCUUCUACCAGGGCUCCGCGCAGGUCGCGUCCACGCAGACCGUCUCCAUGACUUCCUACUCCACCGCCACGUACAGCGGCGUCGCCUACGUCCCGUCCAUCCUCACGUGCGGCGUGUGCGGAGUCGCGGCGGCGUCGUCCUCGACCUCCGUGGCCGUGCAGGCGUCCUCGGUGCUGCAGAUCAGCGCCGUGCCCUUCGUCCCGCUGCGCCCCGCGGCGUUCUCGCUCCUCCUCGCGCAGACGCAGGUCGCGGCGCAGCAGGUCGCGAGCUCGCAGCUCCUGGCCAGCAACUUCAACACCAUCGUGUGCGCGAGCGGCGUGCAGACCACCGAGGUCGCCAACAGCCUCGUCUCCACGGUCUCCACCGUCACCAUCCAGGAGCCCGUCGUCACCACCGUCGCCGUCGGCGCCUGCGGGCAGUGCUACUACGCGGCCGUGACGCCGCGCACCGUCGUCAAGACCGUCUCCGUGCAGAUCUCGCAGCCCCCGCCCACCACCCAGUGCACCACCUGCGUCGCCGCCGCGUCCGUCAGCGAGCCCGCGGAGUCCGCCACGCUCUCCGUCACGUCGUGGGAGGCGUGCUUCGACGGCGUCGACGCCGCGACGCUCUGCGUCGCCGACCGCUGCACCGCGGGCGGCAUCAGCGCCAGCGUCGGCUUCGUGCAGCAGGCCGUGCAGGCCGUGCUUGUGCGGUGCCCGCGGCUGCGCGCCGACUUCGUGCGCGCGGCGCUCCUCGACUCCCUCACCUACCGCGCGGCGGCGGGCUCCGGCGGCGCCAACGGGUCGAUCCGCCUCGCGGAGGAGCGCGACGGCCUGGGCCUCACCACCAUCGUGAGCGUGCUCGGGCGCGUGCAGGGCAUGCUCGACACCCAGGGCCUCAGCCUGUCGUUCGCCGACGCGUGCCAGGUCGCCGCCGCGCACACCGUCGCGCUCUUCGACGGCCCGCGCGUCCAGAUCUCGCUCGGGCGCGUCGACGUCGAGGUCGCCGACGACUUCUCCUCCCUCGUCAUGCUGCCGUCGUGGUCCGGGAGCCAGGUGCAGAGCUACUUCGAGCAGAGCGUCGGGAUGUCCAGCACGCAGAGCUGGGUGUCGCUGCUCGGCGCGCAGACGCUCGGGGGCUUCUCCAGCCCCGACUCCAUCUCGUUCAGCAACUCGUGGUUCGCCAACGCCGCCUUCGCGUCCGACUACGCCUUCUCGUCCACGAUCGAGACCACCGCGACGCCCUACGCCGGACAGCUCGUGCUUCCGUCGACGCUGCUGGCGUUCGAGGGCACCCGGCCCUCCGUCGAGACGUUUGCGUCGUCCAGUGUCGAGUUCUCGUCGUCGUUCGAGUCCGCCUUCUCCGCGGCCUCGUGCCUGUGCGCGUCGUGCUGCUGA